AUGUCUGAACUCCGCCAGCGACAGCCUGCGGCGGGCUCGGGACGCCAACAAGACACAAACACAGACGCAGACACUGCGCCGCGGCGCGAACCCCAACACCACACCGACGAUGAUGAGCCCUUCAUCAGCAUUCUCGACAUCAUCCGGGUGCUUGUCACUCUCAUAAUCGCCUCCUGCGGUCUUUCAUACUACGUGACCAACGCCGAGUCUGUACUAUGGGGCUAUCGGCCGUGGUUCACACGGUGGCCUGUCGUGAAGCAGCAUCUGAGCGGUCCAGUUCACCUAACACCAGUUGAACUCAGCCUGUAUAACGGCACCGACCCCUCCCUCCCAAUCUAUCUCGCUGUCAACGGCUCCAUUUUCGACGUCUCCGCCAAUCCGAUGAUCUAUGGGCCGGGCGGAAGCUACAAUUUCUUUGCGGGAAGAGACGCCAUGCGCGCCUUCGUUACGGGCUGUUUCAAGGAAGACCUGACUACAGAUAUGAUCGGUGUCGAGGAAAUGUUCCUCCCCGUCGAGGACGUGGAGAAUGAGCAGAUUACUAUGGCUGAGAGGAUGCUUCGCCAUGAGCGGGAGUUGAGACUCGCUAGGGAACAGAUUGAGAAGACUGUUCUCCGGUGGCAGAAUUUCUUCCGGAACCACAAGAGAUAUUUCCAGGUUGGGGUGAUGGUAGACGAUGGAACUGUUGAUCCAGAGAAGGGGAAGAGGUUUCUUUGUGAGGGGGGGCGAAGAACCAAAGGCCAAAGCGGAGUGAGAUGA